AUGGGAGUACCUUGGAUCCUAUCAUGGCACUUUAACCUCAUACCUUUUCUACCUGACAUGCCAUACUCUUUGGUCCGGGAAUACCGAGUCAAAUGGUGGGACAAAUACAACUUGGAUCGCUGUUCUGUCUCCAACCUGGAAAAAUGGAUACAAACCCACGAGCAAAUCAAGCAAUCCGUGACAACGAUAUCCCGAGCACUACCACCUAUCAACACCAACGCUCAGAAAAUAAAACCAACCAGCCCAACAGAGUCAACAACAUCAUCCUCCGGAUCCAAGAAAACCAAAGGAAAAGAUAAACUCAAAAAAAUCCUCGAAGCCAUCGCAAUGCAAAUAUCUUCUUCUGAAGACGAAGAUGACACUACACCCAAGGCUACACAAGACGACAACCCAUACAGCGGUCCAUUAUCUCAAGAUCCUUUCGAAAAUUAA